AUGUCUACUAGCCUGACGACUUGUGAGUGGAAGAAGGUCUUCUAUGAGAAGAUGGAGGUAGCAAAGCCAGCUGACAGCUGGGAACUCAUCAUAGACCCAAACCUCAAGCCUAACGAACUGGCCCCUGGCUGGAAGCAGUAUCUGGAGCAGCAUGCCUCAGGCAGGUUCCACUGUUCCUGGUGCUGGCACACCUGGCAGUCGGCCAGCGUGGUCAUCCUCUUCCACAUGCACCUGGAUCGCACCCAGCGGAUGGGCUCCGUGCGCAUGCGUGUCUUCAAGCAGCUGUGCUACCAGUGUGGCACGGCGCGGCUGGACGAGUCGAGCAUGCUGGAGGAGAACAUCGAGAGCCUGGUGGACAACCUCAUCACCAGCCUGCGCGAGCAGUGCUAUGAAGAAGAUGGGGGUCAGUAUCGCAUCCAUGUGGCCACCCGCCCAGACAGCGGGUCACACCGCAGUGAGUUCUGCGAGGCCUGCCAGGAGGGCAUCGUGCACUGGAAGCCCAGCGAGAAGCUGCUGGAGGAGGAGGCCACGUACACCUCGGAUGCCUCCAAGCUGAAAGCCCAGGUCGGCUUCGGCUACAACUUCUUCUCCCUUCGCUGGUGCCUCCUCUGGGGCUCCCUCUGCUUGCUCAUUGUCUACAUUCAGUUUUCAUUGCGAGGCUCUGCCUUUCUUUAG